AUGGAUACUGAGGAGGACCUCGUGGGCUAUUGGAUGGACUGCGACUGGGGCCGGGUCCCCAACGAGCUGCACGGCACGCUGUUCAGGAAUGGCCCUGGCAAGUUCACUGUAGGCACUGACAAGGUCGCCCAUCCAUACGAUGGCGAUGGCCUCAUACUGUCGAUCACCUUUCGCGACGGUCGCGCUUUCUUCCACUCACACUUUGUGCGCACUGCAGAGUAUGUUGCGGAGAGCCAGGAGCAGCGCAUCAUGUUCAGGGGCACCUUUGCCACCCAGCGGCGCGGGGGCCAGGGCCAGAACGCUCUGGACCUCCACGUCAAGAACACGAGCAACACCAAUGUGGUUUGCUGGGGCGGGCGGCUGUGGACGCUGUUUGAGGCUGGCCAGCCAUAUCGCCUCAACCCGCGCACCUUGGAGACCGAGGGCAUGGAGACGCUGGAUGGCCAGCUGCGGGUCGGCAUGCCUUUUGACAUGGGGUCCCCUGCAGCCAACCGAGCCUUGGGCUCCUUCCUCACGGGCACACAGGAGCGACUGGGCAACGCGCACUUCAUGCCGCCGACAGAGCUGCUUGCUGCAGGAGGGGAUGCGAUGACGGCGCACCCACAUGUUGACAGCACCACAGGGCGCCUGCUCUCCUUCUCCUACCAAGUCACACACAGCUUCACCAAGCCGAUGGGAACCACGCUAACCUUUUGGGAGUACACGCCAGAGUUCGCGGUUGCAGCUAAAACGACGUUUGAGCUGGCAGGCUUUCCUUUCCUGCACGACUUUGCGUUCACAGCCAACUACUAUGUGAUCUACGAAAACCCAGUCAAAAUGGACUAUGUGCCAUACAUCACUGGCAAGGCCCCUGCCGCCGCCUGUGUGCACUGGAACGAGGGCAAGCCUGCCCUGCUGCACCUGAUCCCCCGGCCGGGCAGGACAGAUGCGCAGGGCCGGCCGCUGCAGCACCGUAGCUUCACUGCCCCAUCAAUGUUUGUUUUCCACCACGCCAACGCUUUUGAGUCGGAGGAUGGGCAGCACAUCACAAUCGACUCCAUACAUUAUGACAGCAUGCCAGCGCUUAGCCUCGAUGCGAUGGCGGAGCAGCAGAUUGACCUCAAUGUCGCCUUGAGCAGCCGCCUGCGCCGUGUCGAGGCUGAUCUGGGCACCGGCACGCUGCGCAUGCGCAAGCUGUAUUCAGAUCCCCUUGAAAUGGUUGUCAUCAAUGAGUCGCUCAUGGGUACACAGCAGCGCUUCGUGUAUGGCUGCCAAACCAUCUUACAGCCUAACAUGGCCUCCAUGGGUAUAGUGAAGGUGGACACCUCGCGGGGCUCAGCAGCUGUGUGGCAGCCUGGCCACCAGAAGUAUGCUUUGGAACCCAAGUUUGUGGGGCGGCCAGGGUCGACACAAGAGGACGACGGCUGGCUGCUCACAGUCGUGUUUGAUAGCGCGACGCUGGUGUGUCGCCUAGUCAUUCUCGACGCUCGAGAUGUGGAGGCGGGGCCAGUGGCAACGCUCCGGUUUCGACAGCCUGUGCCCAGCGGUCUCCACGGCUGCUGGACCGCCACGUCCUACGCGCCUGGAGUCGUGUGA